UUCGGUUAGGUUUCUAGAUCAUUCGCUUCAAAGCAACAACACAGUGGAUGCAAUGGUGAUGGAGCUCAUCUUUUCCCGCCCGUCCGCUAUGGCCUCAGCAGCAGCCCUUGCACGGAAGUUCGUUUUCCGAAACACCGCUUCUUUCUCUAUCUCUCCUUCUCUCCACCAUUUUCGCACUGCAAUUCCUAAACCACCGUAUUUUGCGCCAUUGCUGCCGCAGCGAAGCUUUUCGAGGAACGGAAGCAGGUUUUGCACCGACGCCGCCGAGCCGAAACGCAACACCUUGGUGAAUUUCUCGCUAUCCGACUCGGAAGACGAUUCAGACUCGUCGGAGGAGAUAAAUCAAAAAGCUCCGGCGAAGGCGGCGGCGGCGGGUAAAUCAAAACUACCUCCGCCGUACGAUCCGUUUAGCAAGAAGGCGGUUAUAGAGGAGCCGGACGAUCCGAAGAACCUGCAAGAUGUGUUCCACAAGAUGCGGGCGGACGGGAUGAUCAACAAUGCCGUCAAGAUGUUCGACGGAUUGUCCAGGGACGGGCUAACUCACGAGGCGCUGGAGCUCUUCUCGGUGAUCAAAGACAAGUCGGAGAUGCCGGACGUGGUGGCCCACACGGCGGUGAUUGAGGCCUACUGCGACGCCGGCCAGCCCAAGGAGGCUCACAGAGUGUAUCAGCGGAUGCUGGUGUCCGGGGUGCUGCCCAAUGCGUACACUUACAGCGUGCUGAUCAAGUCCCUGGCCACCAGCGGUGAUCCGAAGCUGGUAAAGGAGGCGAAGAAGUAUGUGACGGAGAUGGUGGAGAAGAGGGGAAUGAAGCCGAACGCCGCCACGCUUGUCCGGAGCUUCGAGGGAUUGGUGGAGGUAGGAAUGGAGGAGGAGGGUAGAGAAUUGGUGGAGAUGGUGAAGAAGAAAGGGAUUGUGCCUGAAGAGGGUAAAGUGAAAGAGGUGUUGAAGAACAAGAGAGGGCCUGUUUAUAGGACAUUGAUGAGCAUCCUCUAUGGAAAAUGAUAUUAUAGGAUCAACAUGAACUUUCAGCCUGUGAAAACUGAGAAGCUAAGGUUGGAUUCCAGCCGGUGAUUAUAGAACUGAUCAAGACAGUUGAUGUCG